AUGACUUCCACCCAGCUUUAUGACUUCCACCCAGCUCAUGGCAGGAAGAUGGUGGCGUUUGCAGGCUGGAGUCUGCCUGUACAGUACCGGGACAGUCACGUUGAUUCACACCUGCAUACACUCCCGCACUGCUCAUUCUUUGACGUGUCUCACAUGGUGCAGACCAAGAUACUUGGUUGUGAUUGGGUGAAGCUGAUGGAGAGUCUAGUGGUUGGAGAUAUUGCAGAGCUAAGGCCAAACCAGGGGACACUGUCGCAGUUUACCAAUGAGGCUGGAGGCAUCGAAGAUGACUUGAUUGUGACCAGCACCUCUGAGGGGCACCUGUAUGUGUUGUCCAACGCUUGCUGCUGGGACAAGGACUUGGCCCUCAUGCAGGGCAAAGUCAGGGAGCUUCAAAACAUGGGCAAUGAUGUGAGCCUGGAGGUAGUGGAUAAUGCCUUGCUAGCCCUGCAAGGCCCCACUGCGGCCCAGGUGUUGCAGGCCGGCGUGGCAGAUGACCUGAAGAAAUUGCCCUUCAUAACCAGUGCUGUGAUGGAGGUGUUUGGUGUGUCCGGCUGAAGCGUGACCCACUAUGGCCACACAGGAGAGAAUGGUGUGGGAAUCUUGGUGCCAGCAGCAGCGGCAGUCCACCUGGCUGCAGCUCUGCUGGAAAACCCAGAGGUGAAGCUGGCAGGGCUGGCAGCUCGGGACAGCCUGCGCCUAGAGGCAGGCCUCUGCCUGUAUGGGAGUGACAUCGAUGAGCACACCACGCCUGUGGAAGGCAGCCUUAGUUGGACACUGGGGAAGCGCCACCAAACUGCCAUGGACUUCCCUGGAGCCUCGGUCAUCAUUGGCCUGCUGAAGGGCAAGGUGCGGCAGAGACGUGUGGGGUUAACAUGCGAGGGGGCACCUGUGUGGGUACACAGCCCCAUCCUGAAUAUGGAGGGCACCGUGAUUGGUACAGUGACCAGUGGCUGCCCCUCUCCCUUCCUAAAGAAGAAUGUGGCCAUGGGUUAUAUGCCCUCUGAGUACAGUCGGCCAGGUACCCCACUACUGAUAGAGGUAUGGCAAAAGCAGCAAAUGGCUGUGGUCAACAAGAUGCUCUUUGUGACCACAAAUUACUAUACCCUCAAGUGA